CCAAAGCAGUCGACUCAACUCAGCACCUCUCAAACCAAUCUGAACACAAAAAUACAUGUAUUUUAUGCUGUUUUAAUCGAAUGCGCGAUUGAAAAUGACCUCACGGAGGAAGUUUGGUGUGAAGUCGGAGGCGAGUGAAGUGAAAGAGGAAUAUGUGACACCAAACGGAUACGAGCUGGAGAAACACCUCACGCACGGCAGCGUCGCUUACACACACGUCAAUGAGGUCUGGCCCAACGUCUACAUCGGGAACGAAGAGACAGCAAAAGACCGAUACAAGCUGAAGACGAUGGGCAUCACGCAUAUCCUGAACGCUGCGGAGGGCGAGUGGAACAAUGUGGACACGGGCGCUGAAUACUAUAGAGACAUGGACGUGCAUUACUACGGGAUCACAGCGGAGGACGUUCCCACAUUCAACCUCAGCCAGUACUUCUAUUCUGCUGCUGAACACAUCCACCAGACCCUCACGAACCCACAGAAUAAGCUUCUAGUUCACUGUGUGAUGGGCCGCAGUCGCUCGGCCACACUCUUCCUGGCCUUCCUGAUGAUCUACGAGAACAUGACGGUUGUAGACGCCAUCGACCACGUCAAACGACGGCGACACAUCAUCCCAAACUGGGGCUUCCUGAAGCAGCUGAGAGAGCUGGAUGAGCAACUGCUGGAGCAGAGAAGAGCUCAAAACACACAACCACUGACACUGAAACACGAUGACCAACAACAUUUAUGCAGUGAAUAG